AUGGAGAUGAUGGAGCGCCGCCUGCUAUCCCCGAUUCACCUCCCCGGCAAGCAGGAGGUGUCCUACCACCAUGGACGGCUGGUGUGGGGCCAGUUGCGGGGACAGUGUGACGCUGGCUGCGGCUGCACUGGCGGAGGCUUCUGCGGCCAUGCCUUGCAGGCUCGGCUCACCACUCUUGCCUCAAAGGCCCUUGGGUCACCUGGGAUGUGUCCCACCCUGGUGAGAACCAGUGACCAAGCCCUGGCCCCACCCUGUCCCCUGGCCUUUGCCUGUGCCCCCACCCUGCCCCUCUGCCUGGCCUUGGAUGAGGGGCCUCUGCCCCAGCUGGGCGGGCAUUUCAGGGCCCAGGCCCCCACCUUGGCUGGCAGCGUGCACACCCGCCACAAGCGCUGGGCCGACCAAGUUGCAGGCACCGCUGUGCAUCCAAGCAUCUGCUGCUGCCGUCUCGGGGCAGACGGGCUGCCAGAUGAAGGCGUCCUCCACGCACAGAUGCCUGCCAUCUGCAGGGGCCUCCUUUCAGGGGACGCCAGCAUACCCUGCCAGACUGAUCCGGGGCACGUGGGCUACACCUCCGCCCCUUGCUCCAAGACUGUGGCUCCCGGAAAGGCUGGGGCCAUGCUGUGUGUUAAGCGGCCCGACGGGACCGGACGAGGCGGGAGAGGGGACAGGGCCCCGACGGGCCGCGCUCGGAUUGGUCUCCUCCCUGACCUCGGCGUCCCCGGCUACCACCUCCAGGGCUGCUUCGGGGCCGUCGCCGGGCACUCUCCCCGCCAGCGGCCUCGCGCCAGCCCGGCCGGCCCGCCUAGUGCCUGGCGCCCAGAAACGCGAGGAGAUGGGAAAACCCACACGGCCCAAGCCGGAAGCCUAGACUCGUCCGUCCCCGCGGCCAGCACCGGCCGGAAGCCCGCGAAGCCUAACACUCGCGAGACGCCUCCCGAGUCCCGCCUCUCCGCGGCUCCGCCAAUCGCCGCGCUCCUGCCUGCGUUGCCGUGGCAACCCCGCCCUGCGUCCGCGUUCCCGGAGCCCGCGCGGCGGCGCCUCUGCGCUCGGGCCUUGGCCCCAGCUUUUCCUCCGCUCCCGCGCGGCGCGCCCCUGUGUCGCGGGCGCUCUGCUGCUGUCCGCAGCUCUUGGGGAGUUUGGGGGCGGUGGAAGCGGGGCCGCAGAAAGCCCAAUCAGAGCCUUCUGACACCCGCCCCGGCCCGCCGCCCUGGAGGCGGAGAAGCCACGGCCGCCCUCCCUGAGCUUCUGUCCCCCGCCGCCCGGCUCCUUACCGAGAUGCGCGCCGCCCCCGGCCGCCCAUUUUCCCUGGUCUCCAGCCUCACUUCGCUUCCAGCCCUGGCCUGAGCCCCAGCGCUCGGCCUCCACAGAGCCGGCCCAACGAAGGAAGAAUGAAAAUAUGAACGUGACAUGAUGUGGGCUUGGGAGGCCGCCUUGUUCUUUGAAUUCACCCAGAAACCUGACUGAAAGGAAAGUUACUGCAACUGGAGAAAAGCACAGUUGGCUGGAGAAUUUGGUUUAAAAAUAAAUAAAUAAGUUUUAAAUUAUAUAACUAA